GUUGUGGGAGGGUAUAUAGUGUGUGGUGUCUGGAAUUUUUUUAUUGAAUAGACCACUGUGCGUAGUUUUCCUCCCAUCGGAUUUUUUAUUGUGUUUGCCGUUCCUGCUCUGCUGCCCGCACGCUUCUUCUGCCCAGCUGCCCGCGUGCUUUUCCUGCCCAGCUGCCCGCGUGCUUUUCCUGCCCAGCUGCCCACGUGCUUUUCCUGUCCAGGUGCCCGCGUGCGUUUUCUGUCCAGCUGCCCACGAGCUGAUCCUGCCCAGCUGGCCGCUCGCUGAUCCUGCCCAGUUGUCCACGUGCUGUUCCUGCUCAGCUGCCCGCACGCUUUUCCUGUCCAGCUUCCCGCGUGCUGUUCCUACCCAGCUGCCCACGCUGUUCCUGCUGAAGCGCCCUUGGUGAAAUGGAUUCGCAAAUUCACCAUUUCUUAUUAUUGGAAGGGACGGACGACGAUCCGUGGGUGCAAGCAGUUCCUAUUUCAUGGUACGACGAUGGAUUCUGCUGGUGGCCUCCUAAGUCCAAGUGUAAGGAUGUGUCCCGCUUUAUAAACUUAGGUUACGAACCUAACAAGAAAACAUGGGAGUCUUAUCCAGCUAGGAUCAGAAAAGCCUACGCAACGUAUGCUGAAGCUAGAAGACAUGAAAAUAAAGUAGUGCAAAAUGAGGACAUCGCAACAACUGAAGAUGAAAAAGACCGGAGAACCCGGAAAUCUAGGAAGAUCAAACUCCCGUUCGACAACAGUGUUUCCCUCCCCCCUUCGAAGGGUAAACAGCUGAAGUCAAGAUAUAGGGAAAUUGUGUCGUCCUCGGAUGACGACAGUUGUCCUAUUCCUCCAGUUCCUCCAUGUAAAAUACUUUUAAAUAAAUUGAGCGUUGCUGGAAUACUGACCAAAAAAAGUGGGAAUGGUGGGAAUGCACUACCAUCGUGCUCCGUGCUUAAACUUCCUGAUUCAAAUUCCGAUGCGCAAUCAGAUGAUAGCAUUGACCAUUACUCACCUGCAAGCACAUCAAAGUCCAUUACAUUUACAGCUCCACCUGUUUCUGUAAAUCCAAAAAGUAGCUCUACUUCGACUAAAAGGAGUAGCUUUGUCGAGAUCAGAAAUGGAGAGUCCCGCGACGAGUUUCUUCAGCGUGGCCUUGUAACCAUAGGGCAUGACACGCGCGAUAACAACGUCAUUGGUGCAGCUUUACUCGAUCGUCUCGAUCGAAUGGAGACUGCGUUCGUCGCCAUGAAAAAGUUACAUGGAGAUGCCGACGAGGAUUUCAUGCAAAUGCUGCCCCUGAACUCUAUUCAUGAUUUUGACACAUUCAACGACGAUUUGAAAAGCAAAUCCAUGUCCCAACGUUUGAAAACCCACCUGAUCAAAAUAGGGGGAAACUCCCCAAGAACAAUAGUUAGAUCAAUCGCCCGGCGGCUAAUAACCAAUGAACUAGGCAAAUCUUUCAGCUGGUUCGGACAUCGUAACAACAAAAAGCUAUCCGAUACCAACAUUGGAAAAGCGAUAAUUGCUGCAUCGGUGCGUAAUACGCCAUUGAUUACAGAGGCAGAUGUAAAAUCCACCAUGAUCGACAUGCUGCGACACUGUAAAGACAAACCGCGCACGGUCCCUGUCUUAUAAAGUCUUAUCAUCAAUUCACUUAUCAUCCACUCACGAAGAAAAAAAGUGUUUUUGGUUUCUUUUUUUUCGUUUUGUUAUACUCUUUACUCGUUUUUCUGUCACAGUCGGUUUCCCGUUCCCAAUAUUGUUGCAAUGUUUUUUUUCCAUUGUCGUAAGAAUGAUUUUGGUUCACUUUAUUUUUUCUCUGUUUUUUAAGUUUCUGUUCCGCAUUUGGUUGUGCAACAAAGUUUUUUUCAUGUUCAUUUAAUCUGGUCAUAUAAAGCGUUUUAAUACAAAGAUCGAAUAAUAA